UUGACCAAAACUCCUCUAAUCCAGGCAUCAUCGUUGACUUUUUCAAACUUUGUUUCCUUCUUCUUUUUUAAAAAGAACUUUGUUUCCUUCUUGAACAUCUCAAAAAGGGCAAAGAACUCCUCUGUUCCUAUCUUGAAUUUUGCUGUGAAUCAACCAAUCAAUGGACAAUAAGCACCAUGCUUCACCUUCAACUUCAACUUCAAAACCAAAGAACAAGAACAAGAUACUGAAGAUGCUUCCCAAAGCCAUGUCGUUCGGACAUCGCGUACCGCCGUUUAGUCCCGGACAAGAUCUCCACCACAAUACGACGUCAUCAUCCAACAAAGCGUAUUUCUCCGGUCCUAUGGUCUUGGUUCCUAACGCCGCUCGUGUAAGGAGAAACAAAAGCGACGCCGUUUGGGACGAGCCCACUUCACCUAAAGUCUCUUGUAUAGGUCAGAUCAAGCUCGUUAAAUCAAAACGCUCCUCCCCUAAGAAAAACACUAAAACAUCAUCGUCUUCUUUAACCAAAGGCCGUUUCUCGAAGUUCAAGCGGCUCUUCUCCUUCUCCUCGUCGGCGGGUGGAGGUGACAAGUCUAUAACACCCCAUCCCGCCGCUGUGACUGAACAUCCGGUCACGGUGGUUUCCCCCGAGGCCGUGCCGUCGUUAGGUCAGAUGAAGAAGUUUGCGAGCAGCCGUGAUGCUUUGGGAAGAUUUGGCUGGGAGGUUGAGAUGAAACGUGAAGAAGAGUCUCCCGCUGAUCAUCGCAGAGGUUACUAUUCGGAUGAUGAGAAGAGAGGAGAUGACUUAAGAGACAAGGAAGAGGAAGGAGAUGACAUAAUAGUUCCGUUCUCAGCCCCGCUGAGUAUGAGGCCGAAGAAUGAAGUUAGCUUGUGGAAGAGAAGAACCAUGGAUCCACCAAAACCACUUCAACUUCAUACCUCUUGAUUACAUUCCUUUAAAAAUAUGAUACUACGCCCCUACAUAUAAUGAUCAUUGAUUAUACAGAGUGAAUCUGGAUUUUGUUAUUUAUGUCUAUAUGCUGAAUGGUGCUGAUGAUCAGUAUCUCACUUCGUUGGUUAGUCUUUGUGAAUAUAUUGUUUUGGUUCAGUUUUGCUACAUGCCAAAUAA